UGGAACUUGUAGAGUUCACCCCUCACUCUUGUCAAUACUGGACGUAUGACCGCUGUGUCUGUACCGUUCUGAAACAGACAGCGACACAAUAUCUGACAGCCAUGUCUUUAUCAUUCGUGGGAAGAGUCGUACUUGUAACUGGCGCUGGAGGAGGCCUUGGCAGAGAAUAUGCACUGGCUUUUGCUGCAAGAGGCGCCUCAGUCGUUGUGAAUGACCUUGGGGCAGACACAAAAGGGGGUGGAAAGAGUUCUGCUGCUGCUGAUAAGGUAGUGGAGGAGAUAAGAGCGAAGGGAGGCAAAGCUGUGGCAAACUAUGAUUCUGUUGAAGAUGGAGAAAAGCUGAUUCAGUCAGCCUUGGAUGCAUUCGGAAGAAUAGAUGUUGUUGUAAACAAUGCGGGGAUACUCCGCGACAGAUCAUUUGCCAGGACCAGUGAUUUGGACUGGGACCUCAUUCAUAGAGUUCACCUAAGAGGCUCCUUCUUGGUGACUCGAGCUGCCUGGAAUCACAUGAAAAACCAGAAGUUUGGCAGAAUCAUCAUGACUGCCUCAGCUGCAGGCAUCUAUGGUAACUUUGGCCAGGCCAACUACAGUGCUGCCAAACUGGGCAUGCUGGGACUUGCUAACACCUUGGCAAUUGAGGGACACAAGUACAACAUCCUCUGCAACACUAUCGCUCCUGUUGCUGGGUCACGUAUGACAGAAACCAUCAUGCCGCCAGAUCUUGUGGCGUCUCUGAAGCCUGAGUAUGUUGCUCCUUUGGUCCUCUGGCUCUGUCAUGAGCAAUGCCAAGAAACUGGAAGCCUGUUUGAGGUCGGUGCAGGAUGGAUUGGUAAAUUGCGCUGGGAGCGUACUCAAGGCCAGAUAGUAAGAAAAAAGAACCAACCCAUGACUCCUGAGGCUGUCCGGGACCAGUGGGACAGAGUAUGUGAUUUUACAAAUGCCACAAAGCCUGCUAAUGUACAAGAGUCUCUGGAGUCAGUUGUGAGUGUGCUGUCUCAAGUGGAGUCAGAGGGUGAAGUCGGUAUGAAUCCAACAGCAGCUGCAACCUCUGCGGCGUCAGGAGGAGGAAUUAAUCCUGCUAAGGCUGUGGGACAAAAACUACCAACGACCUCGUUCACCUUCACCCAAACCCAGUGUAUCCUCUACGCGCUGGGGGUCGGCAUGUCCACCAAGGAUCCCGACCAUCUUAGGUUCCUGUACGAAGGCCAUCCAGACUUCAGCUCCCUCCCGACGUUUGGGGUCAUCCCCUCGCAGUCGUCCAUGAUGGGUGGUGGGCUAAGCUCAGUCCCUGGACUCAAUAUAGACUUUACACAGGUUUUGCAUGGAGAGCAGUAUCUGGAGCUUUACAAACCUCUGCCAACUUCAGGUACGCUUACUUCUGAGUCCACUGUGGCAGACGUGUUGGACAAAGGAUCUGGAGCUGUCAUACUCCUGGAUGUGAACACCUACAGUGGCAACGAGCUGGUGUGCUACAACCAGUUUUCAGUGUUUGUGGUCGGAGCCGGAGGCUUCGGAGGGAAGAGAAGCUCAGAGAAAGCCAAAGCUCCACUGCCUCCUCCUAAGCGCGCACCAGAUGCUGUAGUGAUUGAUUCAACCACGAGAGACCAAGCAGCCUUGUACCGUCUGAGUGGAGACUGGAACCCACUUCACAUCGACCCCAGCUUUGCUGCCAUGGGAGGCUUCAAGACUCCCAUCCUGCAUGGUUUGUGCUCAUUUGGCUUUGCUGGGCGACACGUCCUCAAGCAGUUUGCGGACAACGAUCCCUCCAGAUUCAAGGCUAUCAAGGUUCGCUUUGCAAAGCCGGUGAUUCCAGGUCAGUCCCUGCAGACGGAGAUGUGGAAGGAGGGCAACAGAAUCCACAUGCAGUGCAAAGUGAAAGAGACUGGUGCUGUUGUGCUGGCUGGGGCCUACGUGGAUUUACAUGGCCCAACAAACGCUUCCCCAGAAAAUCCCAUUCAGGGAGGAGAUCUUCAGAGCGAGCUGGUGUUUGCAGAAAUCGGGCGUCGUAUUAAAGAUUUGGGCUCAGAGUUGGUCAAGAAGGUGAAUGCUGUGUUUGGCUGGGAGAUCACAAAGGAUGGCAAGAAAGCUGCAGAGUGGACCAUUGAUCUAAAGAAUGGCAGUGGCUCCUUGCACAAAGGGCCAUACAGCGGGAAGGUGGACGUGACCUUCACUGUGUCAGAUGAGGAUUUCAUGGAGGUGGUGAUGGGGAAACUCGUGCCUCAGAAGGCGUUCUUUGCUGGAAAGCUGAAGGUUAAAGGAAACAUCAUGCUGAGUCAGAAGCUGGAGGUCAUCUUGAAGGAUUACGCCAAGUUGUGAGCUCCUCCACCAGCCAAUCAGAUGUCUCCAGGAGCACCAACUCUCUCCAGUUCCUGAUUCCUGUUCGCACUUUGUGUGCUUUGCCUUUCAAGAGAAAUUUCUAAAAAUCAGAGAAAGCAAUAAUUCACAAUGAAUUCAGUAGCAUUAAGUUUUUGUUAAGUGUCUCAAACACAGAUUAAAUAAAUUCCUUUGUUAUAUCAUAUAAAUUUAAAAAUUUUGGGCCAAAUUUGCAGCUGUUGGCAUCUGGAGAAACAUUAACACUGUGCAGCUUGUAUAUCUAUGACAAACAUUUCCUUCAUUCACAAAAUUAAUUUUUAAUAAUUUCUACUUGUCUGCUACAGUUAAACCAGAUUAUAUGACAUCUAAACUCUAAACCAGUUUUUCAUCUCCGCCUUACAGAAGCCAUGACUGUGUGGUUUGUUAUAUAGCUUUGCUGACUGUUUAAAUGUGAGACAGUUUUAUGGAUCUGAUCAAUGCAGAGAUUGUGUAAGAUAUAAAAAUACAGAUUUUACUAAAUACUGUAAUACAUAGUUGUAAUGAAUGUAAUGUUUAUUCUAAUAAAAAUAACAAUAAUUAUACAGAAUAUAAAGUUUUUCUACUUUAACCCAUUCAGACCUGAUGUAGACUGCAGAGAUGUUUUUGUUGCUUCACAUCACUGUAAAUUUGACAAUAUUUUAAUUAGUUUUAAUUACUUAGUUUUUUGUUAAUUUUAAAAUAACUUGCUGAACUUC